CCGGAUGUAACCAGCAGUACUUCCGGUGGUCUCUGAGCUUCUUGUCGACAUAUAGAUCGGGCUUUCUGUGGUCUAGCGGUUUCUCUGUGAUGGCGGUCUGUGCGGGUCCGCUCGGGUCCCUGCUGAUCUGUUUGUCCUUGCUGGUCUCUGCGGUCCCUCCUCUGGUAGCCUGGGACGCGGAUCUGGAGCUGCUGGACCUGGUGGAGGAGAUACCGCAGAACUUCUACCAGUUCCUGUCCCUGGAUCAGGAUGCUUCAGCAGCUGAGAUAAAGAAGGCUUAUCGACGGCUGUCUCUCUCUCUGCAUCCUGACAAGAACAAAGAUGAAAAUGCUGAAACUCAGUUCAGACAACUAGUUGCCAUUUAUGAAGUCCUGAAGGAUGAGGAGAGAAGAAGCAAGUAUGAUGAUAUCCUGGUAAACGGGCUUCCUGAUUGGCGGCAGCCAGUGUUCUACUAUAGACGAGUGAGGAAGAUGAGUAAUGCAGAGCUGGCCUUCCUCCUCUUCCUCAUCCUCACUGUGGGACACUACGCUGUCAUUUGGUCCAUAUACCUGGAGAAACAGCUGGAUGAGCUGCUGAGUAAGAAGAAGAAAGAGAAGAAGAAGAAGCUGAGCUCCAGACCUGCAGAGGAGAUCAGGUGUAUUGGCCAGGAUCGAACCGACGGAGUUCAUGAUCGGCCACACUGGCAAGACAUCCUCCCUCUGAAGCUGAGCAUCUGGCUUUACCUCUCCAUCAAAAACCUGCCACAAACCAUCCAGGAAGUAAAGCAGUACUAUGAGGACUACCAGCAGAUGAAACAGCAGCAGAAGGAAGAAGCUGAAGCUGAACAGGAAGUUGUAAUAAGAGAAAAGAGGCCAAAGGUCAAGAAGCCGAAGGUAGAGUUUCCUGUUUAUGAGCUGUCAUCAGAGAACCUGACUUGCCAGGGUUACGACCAGGCCACAUCCAUCGAGGAGAUUGAAGACCAGAUGGACGACUGGCUGCAGGACCGCGGAGCUGCAAAGAAGAAGGCUGUAGACUGGACGGAGGAUGAGCUCAGCCUCCUCAGCAGGUUGAUGGGUAAAUUUCCUGGAGGAUCUCCAGGUCGCUGGGAGAAGAUUGCUCAUGAACUUGGAAGAUCGGUGUCUGAUGUGACGACUAAAGUCAAACUGGUGAAAAACAAUGUGAGCCACACCUCAGGUCUGGUGAAACUGUCGGAUCUGAAGGGACCUCUUCUUCCUGUGAGGUCAUUUCCUGUUUCUGACAGGCUGAUGACUCAGAGAAUGUCCUGUGAGGAGGAGCAGGAGGAGAUGGGGGCGGAAGAUGAAGCAGUUCCAUCUGUCAGGAGGAGGACCAGGAAGUCAGCAGCAGAUGAGGGGGAGGUGAAAGUCCGAGGCCAUCGCCAGAGAGAUUUUGACCCAGCCGUGGCAGUGCAGGAGGAGGAAGAGGAGGAGGAGGAGGAAGAAGAAGAAGAAGAGGAGGAGGCGGAGCCUCAGGAGAAUAGAGAGAAGGCGGACCCCACUGUCUGGACUCAAAACCAACAGAAACAGCUGGAACUCGCUCUGCAACAGUUUCCCAGAGGAACAGCAGAGCGCUGGGACCGCAUCGCCAAGGUGGUCCCAGGGAAGACCAAGGAGGAGUGUAUGAUUCGUUAUAAGAUGUUAGCGGAGCUCGUUCAGAAAAAGAAACAGGCUAAAAGCUGAUUGAAGGUAAUGACCUUCCUACUGCUGUGACCUCGGACCUCCUUACAGGUGUAUCACCUGACAGGUGAAUGACUGUGUGACCUGUCAAAUGUCAGCAAUGUUUAAUUCUCUCUCCAGGUGAGCUCCCUCCCGAUUGGACAGAAUUAUUUUGUGUUUUGUUGUGUUAUGUGGCGUCUCACCUUCUCAGGUGUUUUAUAAUUGAUGUGUCAAAAGAAGCAGGAAAUUAGUUUUAUCCCACCUGACCUCUGACCUCAUAGCUUCAUGUGCCUUAACUCCAUACAGCAUGCUGUCAAUCAACUACUCAAUAAAAAGUAUUUAUUAUC